UUAUGUCUUCGGUUUCCGACACCAUUGCCUUGGUGGGUAUUAUUCCGCCGUAGAAAUCAGAUUUUCUCCCCAUAUCACUAACUUCGCUUCUGGAAAGGGAAGAACAUCGUAAUCAAUGGCAGAGAAGCUGGAGCCGGCGAAGGUUUUGUACUGUGGAGUUUGCUCUCUUCCAGCUGAAUACUGCGAGUUCGGUCCCGAUUUCGGAAGAUGCAAGCCCUGGCUCGUCGAAAACGCACCCGAUCUCUAUCCUGAUCUCCUCAAAGAGGCUAAUGAGAAGGCAGCAGAUAAUGUCUCUGACAAACUCCAGUCCGUUGGAAUCUCUUCUGGUGGCGCUGAUGGUGCUCCAUCUUCAUCUCAGUCUGGAGGGACAUCAAAGAAGGAGGAAGCGAAGCGCCUUCCGGGAGGGAAACUAAAAAAGAAAGAUAGACAAGAAGUUAUUAUUGAAAAGGUUGUGCGCAACAAGCGCAAGUCUAUCACCAUCGUGAAAGGACUAGAACUGUUUGGCAUAAAACUCAGUGAUGCGUCUAAAAAGCUUGGGAAGAAGUUUGCCACUGGAGCAUCAGUUGUCAAGGGACCAACUGAAAAGGAGCAGAUUGAUGUUCAAGGGGAUAUAAUCUAUGACAUCGUUGAAUUCAUUACAGACACUUGGCCCGACGUACCUGAGAGAUCCAUUUUCUUCAUUGAAGAUGGGAAGAAGGUUCAAGCUGGUUGAUGACCACCUCUGGCCUGUUUUUUUUUUGGCAUGGCAGGUUCAUGUGUUUGGUGGAAACGCUACGAGAUAAUAACUUGCAACGUAACAUAUAGUUGAAUUAUCAUAUACUAUUUUCUUUCUCAGGCUGUGAUAAUCCCUGUCAGGUUUCUCCAAGCAUCUCUGUUUAUGACAUUUAAAAUGUGCUUUGAAAUGAGGACUGCUUUCUUUA